AUGAAUGCGGAAGUACCCGCAUUCCAAGUGGGUGAUUGGUUAGACGUCAUUGAUAGCGACGGGAUCUGGAACGUAGCGCAAGUGUUACAACUGCCGACUGCUGAGACGGUCAUCAUUACGUAUGACUGUUGGGGAGACGCAUAUAACGAAGAGCUGAGGCGAGAUAGUGACCGUAUUGCCCCCUAUCAUACGCACACGUGGGCUGUCAAGUGCUGGGCAAAGCUGACUACGUGGCCCUGGUGGCCAGCACUGCUUACCAUACGAGCCCCAGGGACCAGCAUGGGCGCACAGAACUUGAGACUCGAAGAGAAUUUGCUGGUAGAUUUUCUGGAUAAAGCCGAGUUUUCAAAACGUUUUAGGUGCUGGGUAAAGAAAAGUAAUAUUGUGGGAUAUCAGUCGGACAAAGUAACAAGAAUGCGACAAACAAAAUUAAAGAUGAGGGGAUUUAAAGGGGAAGCACGAUCCAAGAACUUGGCUUUCGCCAUGAAAUUAUUGACCAAAUGUGACGGACAAGAAAAUCUCCCCAAGUUUGUACAAGGGACUUUACCGGUGCAGUUUGAACACAAUGUUACAAGGUCAAUUGAAGAAGUGAGGAAAGAAAUAGGAGAAGAAAAGUGGAUGCGCGGCUUUGUUGAGAACAGGAUCAAUCAUGCAGCAACGCAUGCUUAUACACCAGUGGUUGCUGGAAGUGGUAAAUCUAACAUUGAACUCUCGAAUUUCGUAGACAAGACCACUGAUGCAAGUGCAGAAGGAGCUCCAAAUAUGUCACAGAAGCAAGAAAACCAGAGUUCUCCUUUACUGGAUGUAGAGAUAGUGAGCACAGUGAGCACGAACAAGAAAGCCACCGUCGCUCCAACUGUGCUUGUGACGAACAAAGUGACGACACAAGAGCCUACGAAUGCGAGAAAGCGAGAGAGAUCGAAUGCGGAAGAUGCUAUUUCAGAUCGUACGGAUUCCAGGCGUGCUGGAGAUGUGACGUCAUCUCGUACACAAACGCCAAAUGAAUUUACGAAGCAAAGUCAAGGUCCUAAUUCCGUGAAUGUCAAGUAUCGAGAAGAAAAGAAGGAUGAAAAAGCAUCAAAACAAUGCACCGUUACCAAAGAGCUCCAUAUUAUGCCACAAAGAUACGGGAAAACUCCCAAGAAACUCAAGACAGCGAGAAGAUCGGCUUCUAAGCUACCACCAUACAGUCCGCCCUACGCUCGGCUUCUUCCUAGGGCGGAGCCUCGUGACGAGGAGCACACCGCUUCUCCCUCUCACACCCGUCAUGCUACUCAAUCCCGACCACGUGUGGAGAACGGCCUUCAGACAGGUGGACCGGACAAAGUUUUGCUUGCUUCUGACCGACAUCUGCAGCAGCCAAAUGCGGCUGUGAGAAGAGUACUGGCGUGUGAAUCAAAACCUAGCGACGAAAGUGUGAGCUCAAUGAAACGUCGUGCUCCAUUAGCGAAUGCUACUUUGCAAGCUGAUGAGAAGCCGCGUAACACGAAAACGGGAUUGUCGGGCAAGCUAGCUCAACUUACUGAGAAGGCUGCAGAGGCGGAAGAGAUUCGGAAGAAAUGCGCUGCUUUGCCCAUACGGGUUAACUCUCGUACAUCCGGUUUUCAGCAAAAAGACAGGAGUGAUAGUCAGGUGCGCUCGCUCACACCUGAUGUCGCCAGCGAAACUCAAGGCGUUAUUCAAGAGGCAUUACCACUCGGAAGUAACUCCUAUGAUAGUUUCAUGGCUUUAAAAGCGCCAACAUUCGCGAGGAGGUCAUUACAGCCUACGUAUGCUACCCGAAGGUUGGCGUUGGCGCUGGAUAAUGUAAUUUUGAAGCAGCAGGGCUACAACUUGAAUGCUACUACAACUCCUGCAGAACUGGAGGCGAUCAAAGCCGAGUUGCUGCGCUCUCCGGAAGUACAAGCUGCCAUUAACCGAAUGGAAUAUCCUAGCUACGGAAGGGUUGCACCAGCACCUACAGGGAUUUCUUUCCGUGGGAGAUCAACGCUAUCAAAUGGCAACUUUGGCUGCGCACUGGAGGAAGUAAAAAAGCCCCGAUAUUCAAAAUCUCUCUCGGUGACAGGACAGUCAGCGCGAAGGCCAUCACAGCGACCAUCAAGCCAACAACUCGAUCGUUCAUGGCGAUACAACCUCAAAUCCGAAGCAAGUUUCGAUGGAUCGCAGGAUUUGUCUACAUGUAGUGUAUUGCCUGGCCCCCCACCAGCAGAUCACAGCACCUUUGGCUUCAGCGUGGACGAUAACUUCUCGAUGAACCAGUGGUAUCGAGACUUGUACCCGAAAUCCUUCGGAUUUCAAUAA